AUGAGACCAAAUACAAUAAACACAUUGGUUCGUGGUUUAAGACCAUUUCAUAGUUCAAUAAAGAAUGCUAGUCCUCCAGCUGUUUCAGCAGCCGCUGUCGAGAUGGAUCCAGAACCAGAAUUCUUCCCACCAACACCUUCAAAAUCUGCUUUAGAAUUAGCAAUGACUACAAAUAAACCACUACAUGCUUGGUCAAGAGAACAAAUAAAAGAAAUCUAUCAAACUCCUUUAAUUGAAUUGAUGCAUUCAGCUCAAUUACAACAUAGAAAAUAUCAUGAUCCUACAAAAGUUCAAUUAUGUACUUUGAUGAACAUUAAGAGUGGUGGUUGUACUGAAGAUUGUAAAUAUUGUUCACAAUCUAAUCGUUAUAGUAAAGACACUGGUGUCAAGGCUGAAAGAAUGGUUCAAGUCGAUGAAGUUAUUGAAGCUGCUAAAGAGGCUAAAGCUAAUGGAUCAACAAGAUUUUGUAUGGGUGCUGCAUGGAGAGAAAUGACUGGUAGAAAGAAUGGGUUGAAAAAAGUUGGUGAAAUGGUUAAAGCUGUCCAUGAUAUGGGGAUGGAAAGUUGUGUUACUUUAGGUAUGAUUAAUGAAGAACAAGCUAAAGAAUUGAAAGAUGCUGGUCUUACAGCUUAUAACCAUAAUAUUGAUACUUCAAGAGAACAUUAUAAAAAAGUUAUCACUACAAGAAGUUACGAUCAAAGAUUGAAAACAAUUAAGAAUGUUCAAAAUUCAGGUAUUAAAGCUUGUACUGGUGGUAUUUUAGGUCUUGGUGAAACUGAAGAUGAUCAUGUUGGAUUCCUUUAUACAUUAUCAAACAUGUCACCACAUCCAGAAUCUUUACCAAUUAACAGAUUAGUUCCAAUCAAAGGUACUCCAAUGUAUGAAGAAGUUAAACACAAAAGAGUUAAACUUGAUGCAAUUGUUAGAACUAUUGCCACUGCAAGAUUGAUUAUGCCAGAAGCUAUUAUCAGAUUAGCAGCUGGUAGAUAUACAAUGAAAGAACAUGAACAAGCUAUGUGUUUUAUGAGUGGAUGUAAUGCAGUUUUCACUGGUAAACAAAUGUUAACAACUCAAUGUAAUGGUUGGGAUGAAGAUAAAGCAAUGUUGAAAAGAUGGGGUCUGGAACCUAUGGAAAGUUUUAGUUACAAACCAAAAGAAGUUCAUGCAUGUUCUGCUUGA